GCAGAGCAGGCAGAGAGCCCAGAUUCGGCAUUAAGUUUUGACUCUCUGGAUCAUUUCCAUUGUAAACUCAUGGAGCAACAUUUUCCUGAGCAGAAUGACUUGAAUUCAGAAGAAAGUGUGUCACCCAAUCUGAAUACUGAACCACAACCUGAGGAAAAGAAUUCUGCCGCUUCCUUUGCAGUGAGAGUAAAGAAUACUGAAAAUCUAAACAAAGACCACGUUAUCAGAUACCCAAGUCAGAUCACCAGGAAGACAGAAGCCUUGACCCUCACACCAGGGGUCGUAAGGUCACCACUGUCACUGGUUGAAAACUCUAGGAGAACUAUGUCCCACAGAAACAACAUCAUGUCAGGAGGGGGCAAGCAGCUGAUGAAAUACUCAGGGAUUGUGGACAAGGAGAAUGUCUUCCACUGAUUGGGUGGUCAGUAGUAGAGUUUGUGGUAUCAUGAAAUACUUUUUAAUGUAUUGCCUGUUUGGGGUCUCACCAUUGUAUAUAAGAAUGUGUAUGUUAUGGUUUUAUAAAGUUGACAUGAACAGGGGUGCCACUUUUCCGGGA